GCUGAUAAGGGUCCAGGCACCACUGGAGCCGCUGUAACUCUAGCGGGACCCCCGCCGUGGUCCGACAUGCAGUCCAGGUGUCCGGUCCAGUCCAGUCGCUUCUCCAACCAUGAGGGGUGCCAUGAUGAUGAUGAUGCACCAAUGCCUCUAACCAGUCUAUUUGGUGUCGACUAACUACGUGUAAACAUAUACUUGCUCAGCACUGAACCAGUCUUACGACUCGAACAUUGAAGCGUAUCCCGCAACCAGAGCACAAUGUACGCAGACAUCACGAAACCACCCGCCCCUCUACCCUCGCCCGACCUACAGAAGCUGGCGCAAGGCAUCGCACUGCUCCCACCACUCUCGCGACGGGGAACCGGGCCUGGCCUCAUCCUGCUGACCACGCCGGAGGCGACAGACGAGGCCAUCACAAUCACAGACAAGUCGCCGUCACCGCUCGUGAAAUGGGCGGAAGAGGGCUAUGCUGUUGUCCAGAUCCCCAGCUCGAUCCUCGCGUCAGUAUCAGCUGAGGAUGCGCUGAAAGAGGCCAUUGAAGGACUGGGCGCCUGUGCCAAAUGCGAGCCCAAGGGGAAGAUUGGACUCGUCGCUUACUCGGCAAGACUAUGGAAAAGCGUGAGCGGCAUCUUGGACCAGUUCCCCUCCAUCGUGGCCAACGUCGUCUACCUCGACGAAGCUGAUGUUCAAGACCUCGCAACGUCUCCCAACCCAACGCUCCGUCACAUUGUUGGGCCAACCGCGCCGCCAGCUCCCAAGUCAGCCACCCUCGUGGAGCAUCGGUAUCCCUCUGUACAGUCCUUCAACUUUGUCUCGCCCAACCAUGCGCAUUUUCACUACAAUACCGAUUCGGUCGCGCACACGCGGACGCUGCAGUUCCUCAAGCCCCGAAUGGACGGGCCCUACUUUGACCUCGAGAGCAUCUGGGACGAGCACUGCUACUACGAGUUUGCGGACCGCAGCGUCGAGCACACCAUGAGCACUAUGGUCCAGGAGCCGUAUGUGAACCACGCGCCCACGUUGACGGGCGGCAUCGGCCGGGCGAAGCUGACAGAUUUCUAUCGCCACAACUUUAUCUUUAACAAUUCCGCCGACACGGACCUCGAGCUGACGAGUCGGACGGUGGGCAUUGACCGCGUCAUUGACGAGUUCCUCUUCAAGUUCACACACGACCGCGAGCUCGACUGGCUCUUGCCAGGCGUCCCCGCCACGAACCUCAAGGUGCAGGUGCCCUUUACCGCCGUCGUCAACAUCCGGGGCGACAGGCUCUACCAUGAGCACAUCUCAUGGGACCAGGGCACCGUGCUUCGCCAGCUGGGGCUGAUGCCUGAGUACCUGCCCUUCCCGUACAAGGUGGACGGCAAGGAGGGCGACUGGGAGUACAAGGUGCCGGUGGGGGGCGUCGAAGUGGCGGAGAAGAUGAGAGACAGAAACUCGGUCCAGAGCAACGAGAUGUUUGGAUUCAAGAUCCGGGAGAAGAAGCGUUAAUUCACAUUGGCUGAUGCAAAGACCACACGCUCCCCAGAUUUGUACUCGUGGGUGGCGCCUUGCUAGAGCAGACGUUAUACCGAUUUGGGGCACAUAAACCGCCAAGGCGGCCCAUAGCGUCGU